AUGGUACCGGAAAUCGCGAUUGUUGGCGGUGGACCAUCGGGUCUAGCACUCGCCGGUGUCCUUGAACAGUACGGCAUUGACUACGUCGUUUAUGAGCGAAGCCGCGAGGAUGUUCCGCCUCGCGGGGUUGUCCUCAAGGAGGCCGGAUGCUUCGAGGAAUUCAAAAAGUAUGCGAGAGGGGGCUAUGCCACCAUCCAUUGGCUUUGGGACUAUGAAGGCAAUAAGCUUUUUCCCUUCGGAGAAGGACGUGACUCGCCUGAGAUUGAUCGCGCACAAUUGAAGCGAGUUCUGCUAUCAUCUGUCCCGAAACACAAAAUACGCUGGUCGGCAGGCGUCCAGAGCUCAAGCAGGAAUGAGAAUGGAGAGGUCCAACUGAACUUUACCGAUGGCACAACGACAUCUGGAUUCAAGCUUGUAGUUGGUGCCGAUGGUCUACGAAGCAAAAUUCGCCAUUUGGUGACCGCAGCGGAGCCUCAAUACGCUGGCAUGGUAUUUCUCACGCUGUUCGUUCGUCCUAGCAAUUCGUAUCAUGCAGAUCUUGAACAAUUGGCAGGACAAGGACCGAUGAUAGUCACAGGAAAGCGUAAGAAGAUUUGGAUUCAGCGCCAGGGCGAUAGUCAUUAUAGGGUGGACUUCGGGUGGUUAGGGCCUGAGGACUUCCCAGUAAAUGGAGAAGUUGACCUAUCCGACGAACAAGCGGUGAAGAAAUAUCUCCUCCGGGACGAGCAUUUUGGAAGGCAUAUGCCAUUAGUGCAUGACCUGAUUAAUGCAUCAGAAGGCCCUUUCCGCACUUGGCCGCUGUACUAUUUUCCAACCGAGCACCUCAACUGGCAACCAGCUCCCGGCGCCACAUUGAUCGGAGAUGCGGCGCAUGUGACCACCCCAUUCGUCGGCGAUGGUGUCAAUUUCGCAAUGCGUGACUCGCUCAUUCUUGCGCAGAAGCUUAAACAAUUCGGAGUAAGCUCGCAGGCUGUCGCGGAAUAUGAAAAGGAAAUGUUCCCGUAUGCCAUUGACGUUAUCACAAGGAGUGUGGCAUCUGGAGAGUUGUUCUUUGCUGAGGAUAGCCCCAAAGGCUUCAUGAAGAUGAUGGCCUCUGAUAAGCCGUUAGUUCGCUUUGAACUUGACUAUUGA